CCGGACACACUCAACAUGGCGAAAUGAGAGUUCCGGGAAUGCUCAUAAAUUUCAUCUCCUAAAGUAAUAGAUUCAUAACUAUAUGCUGAAAACAGUGUACGGUUGUUGUACCGUCGUUUUACCAUGGAACAUAUCACUACGCCAAAGGUAGAACAAGUUAAAUUACUGGACAGAUACACACCCAAGAAGCCUGCAGUCGGCACUCUUUAUUUGACAACAACUCACUUGAUCUACGUGGAAACAACGUCAGAGUCACGCAAGGAAACCUGGAUUCUACACCAUCACAUAGCUACAGUUGAGAAGCUGCCCCUUACACCAGCAGGGUGCCCCCUUCUCAUCCACUGUAAAAACUUCCGUGUGUCUCACUUUGUUUUUCCUCGGGAGAGAGACUGUCAAGAUGUUUUCCAGUCUUUACUCAAACUGUCACAGCCAGCAAAAUAUGAAGAAUUAUAUGCUUUCCUGUACAACCCAAAACAAGAUGAAAAUGACAGAAGAAUUGGCUGGGGUGCUGUAAAUCUGAAGAGGGAGUUUGAAAGGAUGGGCUUGCCUAAUGAUUUGUGGGAAUUGACUGAUCUUAACAAGAACUAUGGAAUCUGCAGUACGUAUCCCGCUGAGCUGGCUGUCCCAAAAGCAGCAAGCAACCCCACGAUAGUGGGUAGCUCCAAAUUCAGGAGCAGGGGACGAUUUCCAGUCCUGUCUUACUUCCACAAGGAGAACAGUGCUGCUAUUUGCCGCUGCAGCCAGCCUCUGUCUGGGUUCAGUGCUCGCUGUGUAGAAGAUGAACAGAUGCUGCAGGCCAUUAGCAAGGCAAAUCCCAAGAGUUCCUACAUGUAUGUGGUGGAUACCCGACCCAAGUUGAAUGCUAUGGCCAAUAGAGCUGCUGGGAAAGGCUAUGAGAAUGAGGACCAUUACUCCAACAUCCGCUUUCAGUUUGUGGGUAUUGAGAAUAUCCAUGUGAUGAGAAGCAGUCUGCAGAAGCUUGUGGAAGUGUGUGCGGUGAAAUCACCCACGAUGAGUGACUACUUAACUGGACUGGAGAAUUCUGGUUGGUUGCGUCAUAUUAAAGCAAUAAUGGAUGCUGGAAUAUUCUUAGUGAAGGCUGUGACAGAAGAAAAUGCCAGUGUGCUGGUGCACUGCUCAGACGGCUGGGAUCGUACGGCUCAGGUCUGCUCUCUGGCUGCCGUCCUCCUGGACUCCUAUUACAGAACAAUGAAGGGUUUGAUGGUUUUGAUAGAAAAAGAAUGGAUAUCCAUGGGACACAAAUUCACUCAAAGGUGUGGCCAUUUAGAAGGAGAACCUAAGGAAGUGUCACCUGUUUUCACUCAGUUUAUUGAAUGCAUCUGGCAUUUGACGGAGCAGUACCCCUGUGCUUUUGAAUUUAAUGAGAGAUAUCUCACUGAAAUCCAUGACCAUGUGUAUGCCUGCCAGUUUGGUAACUUCAUUGGCAACUGUGAAAAGGAGAGAUUCGAAAUGAAGCUCCAGGAAAAAACUUACAACAUUUGGCCAUUUCUGCUGGAGAAAAGACAGCAGUUCACAAAUCCACUAUAUAAAGAGUCCUUUCAUAGUGAUGUGCUGAAGCCAAACACAUUACCAUUCAAUUUCAAGCUUUGGUGUGGCAUGUAUAAUCGGUUUGAUAAGGGCAUGCAUCCAAAGCAGUCAGUUUUAGAUUAUCUACUGACACUCACCAGACAAAAGGAAGAGGAUGAAGAGAAGGUUGAGAGUCUUCAAAAGAGGUUGGCAGCAGUCGACGGGCUGCCAGAACAAGGUUGUUCAGGCAUUGUGUCUGGUGGCCAAGCCUCCACUGUGCCAGCCGCACCCCUUUCCUUUACUGGUAAUGAAGCCGUGGAUAUUUUUUCCCAUUCCAAUGGCACUGAAAAGAACUCAAAAGCAAGUCUUGCCACUUAAGUAUGCUGAUAUUCGACAAAUGGGUUACCAGGGCAGUUGCAAAACCAAAGGUGUCUACAGUUCUCACAAAAGUUAUGCUCAUAGGAUCAUUGGCUCAUAUAUCUCUGUCCUUUUUAUUGAGAAACUUGUCCUAGAAGCACGACGAGUAAUAAUUUAUGGGCUAAGAACUUCAACAACAAAAUGGAGUGAAGGCAUUUCACAGAUGGUGCUACAAAAGUUAACCAAAAUGGGUAUUUCUUUGUAAAUUAAACUAAGGGGAUUAAGACAUAAAAAUGAUUAUAUGUUAAGGGAAUUCAGCCAAGUGAGGGACUAGAAUUCAACUGGAUUUAUCAAAACUGGACUUUAAAAUUUUUAUUUUAUUGUUUUCGUUAAUCAGGUUAUUCUAAAGGAAUAUUUCUCAAUAUGUCUUAUAAAUUCUGUUAAUAUUAUCAUAUCUUCCAUCUUUAUCCCAGCCUUUCAUAGAUUUUCUGUUAUAUAAUUUUAUAUUUUGCAAACAUUUUAGCUUAGGUUUAAUUUUAAAAUUUUAAAUUUGUUUUAAAUUCAAAUCUAUGCAUACAUGUUAAUACAUAAUUUCAUAGUUUCUUUAGUAAACAGGACAGUGGCCAAAUUUAUGUAAAAUUGCAAUUUUCCCCAUGCUCUGUAUGUGUAAUAAGCGUAUUUUUUUUAACAUCCAAAAUUGCAUCUUGGUGUCUUAAUUGUGGUUGCACAAUACAGGCAUAUUGUGUAUUUUCGGCACAGAUAAGGAAUACUGACAUCAGUUUUAUGUAAGUUUCAAUAUACUGUAUGUGUCAAGCAGUGGGACGUUGCUAGUGUUUACUCCACUGUAUGUUCAGAAUACUUUGUACAUCUAGAUUACAACGUUUUUUGUCUAACAAUGGUAAAAAAAUGUAAUAUUCCUGGUUAACAUGUGAAUGACACUGGAAAUGUAUGUUAUUCAAAUUUUGUGUAUAAGUGUUUCUCAAUUUAUACAAGGCAUUUUGUUCUUUAUUUGCACAGUUAAAGUAGUACUUUUCAAGACUGUACACCUGACUGAAUCUACAUACGAUCUAUGUCUAGUAUUAUCAGACACACUGGCCAUUUUUUAUUUUUUUUGUCAGUUUUCAGUUUCCAAUAUACCUGUUAAACAUUUUCGUUAAUUUCAGUGAAUCAAUUCCUGAUUUUUAUUGCAAUAGUUUGUGAUGUUAUAUGUACCGGUUUGCUAGAUAUUAACCUAGAUUGCUAGGCUAGGGGCGCUUCAACCAUUAGUAUUGCUUAUUUGACCUAAAUGCCACCGAGAAUUCUGUGAUGCUCACAUUUGUGUUGUGAUGAAAAGUAUUGAAAUCCCAUUUUGAAUGUAAUGUAGAUACAAGCUGAAAUGUAGUGCCUUGUUGCAGAAAAAUCAGCUGGUGUCAUCAUAUGCAUGGCAAUGUAAGAACUUACUGGCAUCAUUCACAGCACCUGAGUGAUGGUGAGAAGGAGAAAUACUACAGCAGGUAUUUCUUCAGUAGUGACUUGACAGUGUAGAAACAAUUUCUUGCUCCAGGAUGCAAAGUAUUGUCUGCAUUGAAAUACAGAUGCUGUGUUUCUUAUAUUUUAAUGUAUUUAGCCAGUAUUUUUUCAGGUAUCUUUCAGAUGAUACGAACCAUGUUUAACAAAAGGUAUAAUACAAACAUAUCACAACCACAUUUAACUUGUCAAGAGUGAUAUGUUAAGAAAAUGAAAAUUGGCUUAAAAUGAACACGACCCUCUAAGGCAGUGGUUCUCAAAGUCGGUCCUCGGGCUCCACUGCCCUGCUUGUUUUCCUGCUAUCCCUGCCCCACACACAAGUCUCAGCUGUCUUUCAGCUUCUGAAUGACUGAACACACCUGAUCCAGGUCAUCAGCAGUUUGAGAACUACUGCUCUAAGGAAAUUUUGUCUUCCACAGUGAAAAAUUGUGUUGUGAUAUGUUAAAAUACAACAGUAUUGUACAUAAUUUAGGAGCCUGAUAAAGUAACUGUCUACAUUCCAGUAACUUUAUGAGAAAUGUGAUCUGCAUUUAACAGGUUUUUUUAGACAGAUUUUAAUCUUCCUUUAAUGAAAUAUGUAAUUUCAUUUUUUUUGUAUUGGGAAAAAAACUGGUUUUGAAGUGGUUAUUUUUGUGUCGCUAUAUUUUUUAUUUUUCAGUGACAUUUUUAAACCUGUUUACAGGUUAUACUGAAAUGGGGAAAAAUAACUCAAGUUAGGUAUACAGAAUUAUUUUAGAAUCUUUCUUUCCUUUAAAACAUUAUUCUGUACAGUUCUUUUACUUUUUUGUAUGUGUUAGUUGUUUUUGUAAGAAGCCCAUCUUUUGCAAAAAUAAAUGUUCUUGAUAUGUAACAUCUUUUUCAUGAGAUUUUUCCCUUAUAUUGCAUGUUGCUUACAAAUCCAUUUGUGUAGUUAGACCUGGAAGUGUCAUAUCUGAGGUAAACCAAACCAUAUCGAGUGUCAACUAAGAGAGACUUAUGAGAGGUGGUUCUAUCUGUCUGUCUGCCAUAAUACUUGCAUUUUUUGCAGUAUAGCAGGACCUAAUUAAUGGAAUAGUAAAAGGGUUCUUAUGUAAUAGGUUAUCUAAGACCUUUUAGAAAGGUAUUUCACAUUUUUCCUUCCAUUGUUUUCUUCAUUUAUUUGCUUUGUUGCUCAGACCUGUUAUUAUUCUCUUUUGAAAAUUACUUGUUUGAGGGGAAACUCCUUGCCGUCAAUAGUACAGCUGUUAGCUAUACAAUCAGGUGACUGAUGGCUGAUGUGACAGCUCUAUAUACUAACCAAGCAUAUUUUCACAAAGUACCUCUCAGCUCAGAGACAUAUUUUUUUUUUACAUUUUACUACUUUGCUCACCCCUGUGCUAUCUUAUCCACAAAGGGCCGGUGUGUGUGCAGAUUUUUGGGAUAACUUUUAGGUCAGUUGUUCAAACCCAGGUGUGAGGACUCUUCCACCAAUCAAUCCUCUAAUGAUUAAUCUAAUUUGGGAGUUGCAGUGAAAACCUGCAUACCCAAUGGCCCUUGCUGCAUAAGAUUGCGCAUCUGUAAACAGCAUAUUACAAACAAUCAAGUAAAGAUCUCAACUAGGCAUUAGUGCAUGAGUUAGCAAUAAAUGCUCAGGGACAAGUGUGACCAGGAGAAGCUACAGAACAAGGAGGAAGAGGGAGAGAGAGAGCGAACAAGGCAAAUGGUCUCACAAUGACCCCCUAGCCAGCUCCUGACUAGUUGCAUGUAUUGAAGCCAUCUCUGAAUGAUUUAGCAGGAAGGCUUAUCAAUCAGGGCUGCAGACAAUUUUACUAGAGUGAAAUUGAAGAAGGUGAACUUCCAAACACAGGGAAUUAUUUGUUCAGGGGACUUCCAGUGGGAGGCUAAUAGCAGCUUAGCUGCCAAGGAAGCAGACAUCUGGAGCCUCUCCUGGAAGUGAGGAAGGGAAAGAGGAGUACAGAAGAAGAAGGACUGCAGUGGACAAGGGAAUGGGAAAAGAAAGAACUGAACAUAUGAAGAAAGGUGCCAGGAAUUUGAAGGGGACAGAGAUGAAAAGGUUGAGGCAAAUAAGCAUGGUGGAUGAAGCAGGAGAGGAGAGAGGCGCACUACAUGCCCAAAGCAUGGACCUCAGCUAGAGGUAGAAACAACAGGAGGUAGAAAGGAGAUUGUACCUGGUCUGAAGAGAUUGGAACGUUUCUGGUCAGAGUGGAAAUAACAGAUUGCAACCAUGGUGACAUGGAGAUUUUGCAGCCUCCAAUAUUGAGGGGAGAGUUGUGGAGUAAUGGAGUGUGGGGGUGCUAUAUCAGGAAAGGGCCCCGCAGCACUUCAACCCUCCUCCACAGGACCGACAGUAGUGGAGAGGGACUUUAGUUUAAUGGUGAGAAAUGGGAAGAAGCCAAGCAAGGGGGUGUUGGGGAGCAUUGACCUCGCUCCAAAUUUGGUGAAAGCGUCAUGGUACAUCUCAAAAACAGGGUAGGUGACACCACCGUCCGAAUGGUCACAGAUCAGAGCAGAAUGUUUAACAGAAGGUAUCUCGUAAUUCCACAGAAGUUCAGAAAUUAUAGACUUAACAGGAGGCCAGUAUUUGAGUGGAGGAGAAAGAAGUUAAUCCUACGGAGCACAUUCAUUAUAAUGAUUGCCAGCUUUGUCUAGAACAGAAGUCUCGGGGAUAGCAUAGCGUAUUCAUGGAGUUUAAGAAUACGAUUAGACAGGUCCAGGAGGAUCAAGGUUUAAAAAGCAUAAGCAUCAGUGAAACAGAUCUUCCUUCCCUCCAACUUGGACAUGAUAUAGCAGAACCUGGCAUCGGCAUCACCCCCAAUUUUUUUCAGACCGUGGUAAACUGUUACUGAAACCGUGGUAACAGGGGAGUACUUUAGUCUAGCUGCAAGAUAACAAGAGCCUAGACUGGAAGCUGAGCUGUAUACUCGGACAAAUAAGACCUGAUGUUACACAGGGUAAAUUACUACUGAGUGCUCAGGAAAGGAUAGCUAUCAUUACCCCUAGCUUCCAGGUAGACAUCCAAUGAUCUAAGCUAUACAGUGAUGUCAUGGUGGAUGGUAGGGCUGGCAGGGAAGACAAGAAGCUCAGUCUUGGAGAGAGUUAACUGGCGGUAAAUAUCCCUCAUUCUGGCUGUGAUGUCAGCAAGGCUUGUAGAGAUCUAAACAGUGACUGGUGUCAUCAGGAGAAAAGGUCAGAAAUAACUGGAUGUCCUUGGCAUACUAAUAGUAGGAGAAUGGUCUCCCAUUCAUAACCUGUCUAUGAGAGGUGAUAUAAAAAGAGAAGAGAUAGGGACCAAGAACUGAGCCUUGGGGGACACCCCAAUGAGUUAGACAGCCAUUAAAAUACCAAGAAAAAAACGCAGAUUAAUUUCAACUGACUACCAGAAGAACUAUCUUUCAAAUCAAAUACAUCAGUGGAAAACAUACUCAUACAUUUCACCUUUUUGGGGGUGAUUUAUCAGCGUUCACCUUCCCUUGGUCCUGAAAUGCUUCACAUACAAUGAACGGCAAUUAUCACCUUAAGACAUCACCCCCUCUCCAAAGCAAAGAAAAAAACUUUAUCGUUCUAUAAGAUUAUCAGCAAUUAAAUCAUACAUUUUUGAUAGGUGAUAAAAACAUCCUGAAAUUAACAUGGAGUUUGUUCCACAAAGCCAGCAACUUCGGGAUCACCUUCAUCCCAUCCAGCUCAAGAAAAAUCUUUUGGAACACUUCAAAAGAAUAAGCUCAGAUGGGUAUCUCAGAUUGCAUACUUUAGCAAGUAACAUUCUUGUAGGCUGCCAAUAUCUCUGUGCUCUUAAUAACAAUAGCAACAUCAGGACGAUUUUCAGUGUGACUCAUAACAAUGAUAUUCAGUUUACCAUCUGUUAAGCAUCUUGAACAGUUUCCAUGAUGACAUCCUGUAACAUGAUCAUAACUAGUACAUUUAAAUACAACAAAAUCCCACAAAAUUCCACAAAAACAUGUUUAUAGAACAUGCUUAUGUCACAUGUAUCAGUUGACGCAGUUACCUAUCAGAUCAACAGCGGUAUCAUCACAUACGUUAUUAGAGAGGAUGUUCCAGUGUUUCUUGGGAGUAAAAUAAUACAGUUUAGGGGCAAUAGGAUUGUUUUACAUAAAACACACCUCUUUGCUUAUCAAGUUCAAGAGGAAAAACACUGGGUCACUGAAAACCAGGUGAGGAAAAAAAAUAACAUUCCCUCGAUUGUUACACCAGUGACAAUAGUGACAAAUUCAUCUCACUCCAUUAUGGUGUUUAUCUAAAACCAUAUUUAAAGUUUACUGCAUUAAAAUGUGCCUUGAAGAGAUUUUACUAUGAAUUUCAUUAAAUGCAUGUCAACAUGUUUCUAUUUGUCCCCCACAAUGUGAUAAAAACCUUUUAUUCUGAUGUUGUGGGGACCAUUUUUCACAAAGAUUUGCGAAUGUAAUCAAAAAACUAAAAAUGGCAAAAGACUCUAAUUAUUUUGGUUACUUAUGGGUAAGGUUAGGGCAGGGUAGGAGUCAUGUUGGGAUUUUUCCCAUAGAAAUGAAUGCAGAGUCCCCAAAAUGUUAUUCAGUGUGUGGUCACUAGUUCUCUGUGAAUAUACCAUUUCUGAUGGCAAGCAACCAAUCGACUUCCAUAAGCACGCAUUCUAAGCAGAUAGCCACCCUGGCUACAUCUGCUGUACCAUUAUUAGCAGAAAUAUUGAAUAAUGAAUUCAUUCAGAGGCCAGCCUCAACUAUGUUAGUGAUUUUGGUCAUUUGUUUCUUUAUUUUCUUCAUCUAUGUAUAUGUGUUGUGGGUUCUCUGUUUUUAAUAAUGUUCAGUUAUCCUUGUAUUAUAGUCUACUUUGCUGUUUUGAUACUUUAUCUGUCGCUUGCCCUAACCUUUGUUUGUGUUCCUAGUAUUUGUUACUGCUCACAACUGUCUCUUGUUGAAGCCCUUGUUUAGUGUACUUAAGUACCUACCCUGCCCAGACUCAGCUGGCCUUUGUGUGCUUGUAGCUGUUGUUGCCCCGUGUUUGCUGCUGUGCUACUGUGGUUAUUCUUGUUGCUCCCUACCUACUUUGUUUUUGACCUACUUUUUCAAGCUCGAGAAAUUUUGGUGCCAGUCCCUACAAUACAAACUGAGCUUGAAAACUAAUAAACAGCUUUGAGGCUGCACGUAGCAUCCCAUACAUUCUGGAUUCAUGAUAAUACUGUGUAAUUAUUUUAAAGUGUUGUAGCCUGUAAUUUCAUGUAAUAUUAAGUUAUAAUACAAUGUGACAUUAACAUGCUGCUUUUCAGAAUUUGCUUGUUCAAACACAAUUGUCACAAUACUGAAGGAGUUGCAACAUAGUUAUGAAGUAAAAGUUUACAGUUUCUGUUUUGGAAGUCUUUCUGUAUAAGUUGAAUUUGUCUAAUAAAGGACUGACCGAC